GGCUUCAGGUCAGCGGUAGUUGCGGGCGCCUCGCGGCGUCGCUUCCCUCGCCUUGGUUUGUUUCCAGACGCUCAGCCCUGACGGGGAUGGUGCCAGAAUAAACACAGAGAUGGCUGGGGAAACUGUUGAAAAGAGAGAGAGAGAUUCUUCACCCCUCAAGGAAGAGCGGAGACGCUCACGUUCAGCUGAACGAGAGCGAGACAGGAAAGGCUCCCCCGUCACAAAGGACAGGAAAAGACACCGCUCCCGUGAGAGGAGGAGAGGCAGUCGAUCAAGAUCCCGAUCUAGGUCCAAAUCGACUGAGAGAGAGCGGCGAUAUAAAGAGCGGGAGCGAGACAAAGAGCGGGAGCGCAGCAAGAAGGACCGGGAUCGUGAGAAAGAUGGGCACCGGAGGGACAAGGACCGUAAACGGUCCAGGAGCUCCUCUCCAAGUCGGAACAAAGACUCCAAAUCCAGGAAGGACAGAGAUUCUCGCAGAGGAGAUGAUGAUGAUGAUUCAUUGUCAAAGAAGGAGAAGGCCCAGCCACUUUCUCUGGAGGAGCUGCUGGCCAAGAAGAAAGCUGAGGAAGAGGCUGAAGCCAAGCCAAAGUUCCUUUCCAAGGCAGAACGAGAGGCCGAGGCCUUGAAGCGACGGCAGCAGGAGGUGGAGGAGCGGCAGCGGCUCAUAGAAGAGGAGAGGAAAAAGAGAAAACAUUUCCAAGAAAUGGGGAGGAAGAUGCUAGAAGACCCCCAGGAGAGGGAGCGGCGUGAGCGGAGAGAGCGCAUGGAACGAGAGACCAAUGGCAAUGAAGAUGAGGAAGGGCGGCAAAAAAUCCGUGAGGAGAAAGAUAAGAGUAAGGAACUUCAUGCCAUCAAGGAGCGGUACUUGGGUGGGGUCAAGAAGCGGAGACGUACUCGGCAUCUGAAUGACCGCAAAUUUGUCUUUGAGUGGGAUGCUUCCGAAGACACUUCCAUUGACUACAAUCCCCUGUACAAGGAGCGACAUCAGGUUCAGCUGCUGGGACGUGGCUUCAUUGCUGGCAUUGACUUGAAACAGCAGAAGCGGGAGCAGUCGCGUUUUUAUGGAGACCUGAUGGAGAAGCGGCGCACGCUGGAGGAGAAAGAGCAAGAAGAGGCACGUCUGCGUAAGCUGCGUAAAAAGGAGGCCAAGCAACGCUGGGAUGACAGGCAUUGGUCUCAAAAGAAACUGGAUGAGAUGACAGACAGGGACUGGCGUAUCUUCCGGGAGGACUACAGCAUCACCACCAAAGGAGGCAAGAUCCCCAACCCUAUUCGUUCCUGGAAAGACUCUUCGCUGCCCCCUCACAUCUUGGAGGUCAUUGACAAAUGCGGCUACAAGGAACCAACUCCUAUUCAGCGUCAAGCCAUUCCUAUUGGUCUGCAGAACCGUGACAUCAUUGGCGUGGCAGAAACUGGCAGUGGUAAAACAGCUGCCUUCCUUAUCCCAUUGCUGGUGUGGAUCACAACACUUCCCAAGAUUGACAGGAUUGAGGAGUCGGAUCAGGGACCCUAUGCCGUCAUCCUGGCUCCCACCCGUGAGCUGGCCCAGCAGAUUGAGGAAGAGACCAUCAAAUUUGGAAAGCCCCUGGGCAUCCGCACAGUGGCUGUUAUUGGUGGCAUCUCACGUGAGGAUCAAGGCUUCCGCCUGCGCAUGGGCUGUGAGAUUGUUAUUGCUACACCGGGCCGUCUGAUUGACGUUUUGGAGAACCGUUAUCUGGUGCUGAGCCGCUGCACCUAUGUAGUACUGGAUGAGGCUGACCGCAUGAUUGACAUGGGCUUCGAGCCUGAUGUGCAGAAGAUCCUGGAGCACAUACCUGUCACUAACCAGAAACCAGAUACGGACGAGGCUGAAGACCCUGAAAAGAUGUUGGCCAACUUCGAGUUGGGCAAGCACAAAUAUCGGCAGACUGUGAUGUUCACAGCCACCAUGCCCCCUGCUGUCGAGCGCCUGGCCCGCAGUUACCUGCGCCGCCCAGCGGUGGUCUACAUUGGCUCUGCUGGCAAGCCACAUGAGCGUGUGGAACAGAAGGUCUUCCUCAUGUCAGAGUCGGAGAAGAGGAAGAAACUGCUGAACAUUUUGGAGCAGGGCUUUGACCCACCCAUCAUCAUCUUUGUGAACCAGAAGAAGGGCUGUGAUGUGCUGGCUAAAUCCCUGGAGAAGAUGGGGUACAAUGCCUGUACCCUUCAUGGCGGCAAAGGUCAGGAGCAGCGAGAGUUUGCCCUCUCCAACUUGAAGGCUGGUGCCAAGGAUAUUCUGGUGGCUACAGAUGUGGCUGGACGUGGUAUCGACAUCCAUGAUGUGUCCAUGGUGGUGAACUAUGACAUGGCCAAGAACAUUGAAGAUUAUAUUCACCGCAUUGGCCGAACAGGACGAGCUGGCAAGAGCGGUGUAGCCAUCUCUUUUGUCACCAAGGAGGACUCUGCUGUCUUCUAUGACCUUAAGCAGGCUAUCCUUGAGAGUCCGGUGUCUUCAUGCCCUCCAGAACUGGCCAACCACCCAGAUGCACAGCACAAGCCGGGAACCAUCCUUACCAAGAAGCGGCGGGAAGAGACUAUCUUUGCCUGAGUCCUGUAGGGUUGCUAUUCAAGAGGCCCAUCUGUGAUUGCAGCCAGGGGACACUCUGGGCCACUGCCUGGAGCCUGGAGCAGACUGAUAGAGUGAGAGCCUCCUGGUGAAAUGGCUCUUUCUGGCCCACUUGCCUAGACCUUAAAGAGGCAGUGGCUUUUAAUGUGCUUCCCCCUCCCCUUCAAACGUAGUAGGUACACCCCUUGAGCCAUUGAUGUGACACCUAGCAAAGAAUUCAGGACCAAAGAAUGAAGACUUCAAUCUAAAAAAUUAAAAUGUCUCCUUGGGAAUCCUGAGCUAGACAAUUCUCCCUGCUUCCUUUUUCCUGGAGCCUUGCUUUACAUUUGAGUUGGGAAGCUGAGCUAGGCCAGGCCUGCAGACGCACUGAUUUGGGCCACUUGGUGGCUUUACGCCUGCCACCUCCUCUACUCCAUGAUCAAGCGAGACUCUGAGGAUUUGUCCCGACUUUUGGGGGGAGGGGGGGUGAUACAGCUUGUGGCACCCUGGCUGGGAUGCUGCAGGGCCCUCCUUUCCUUCUCUGGUGAGAACAUCACCCUGUUUCCAGUACCAUGUUUCAGGGUGGUAAUUUCAAGAGGAAGGGUGGGGUGAAUUUCUUAACAAAACUUGAUUUAUUCAGAGGUUAGUACCGGCUACUUUCAGUAGAAGGGGACAGGUGAUGUACAGAAAGACAUUCAUAUUUUUCAAUGAUGUUUCUGUGCUUCUAUAAAUCCAUGUGAAAUGUUA